CGAUUCUAGCUCUGGCAUUCAUUUAUUGAGAUCAUCUCGUUAUGUCAAGCUUCAAGGACAAAGUAAUUAUAGUAACAGGUGCUAGCUCCGGUAUAGGAGCAGGAGCUGCUGUCCACCUGGCCAGUCUAGGAGGCCUACUCACAAUCGUGGGUCGCAAUGUGGACAAACUGAAGGAAACUGCCGACAAAAUUGUGGCAGUUGGAGGUUCUCCUGCGUUACAACUACAAGCGGACAUGAACAACGAGGCCGAUGUGGAAAAUAUUGUUACGGCAACGCUUGAGAAACACGGGCGUAUCGAUGUGCUUGUCAACAAUGCUGGCAUCUUGGAAACCGGUACCAUUGAGAACACUUCGUUAGCUCAAUACGAUCGCGUGAUGAACACAAAUAUACGUGCCGUUUAUCAAUUAACUAUGCUGGCCACUCCCGAGUUGAUCAAGACCAAAGGUAACAUAGUUAACGUUUCCAGCGUAAAUGGCAUUCGAUCCUUCCCUGGCGUGCUGGCGUACAAUGUGUCUAAGGCAGCAGUGGAUCAAUUGACUCGCUGUGUGGCUCUCGAGCUGGCAUCCAAGAAAGUUCGCGUCAAUUCAGUUAAUCCUGGUGUUAUUAUAACGGAGAUUCACAAACGCGGCGGCAUGAAUGAUGCUACCUAUCAACAGUUCUUGGAGCACUCUAAAACCACUCAUGCCAUGGGUCGCCCUGGCGAUGUCACCGAGGUAGCGCAGGCAAUCGCUUUCUUGGCCAGCGAUGCUGCCAGCUUUACAACUGGCGUUAGUUUACCUGUGGAUGGAGGAAGGCAUGCGAUGUGCCCACGUUAAUUAACAUAAUUAGUUAUUUUGGUGUGUUACGAUGUUUGCAUUUAAUAAACAUAACAUUUUCAAUAAUUAA